UUUAUUUCUUCCGUCCUUUCAUUCAUACGCACUUACAUAUAUACGUUUCACAUAUUUGUUUUGUUUGGUAACUGCAAGCAAAUUCUAUUCAGGUUCAAAUCGAAAUGGAAGAAGGUAAAACUAAAAUGGAAGAAGGAAACGAAAAUAGAAAAGCGACAGCGUAUGAAGAAGCAUUGGAUGCUUUAUCUUCUCUCAUCACAAAACGCAAUCGUAUUGAACCAGGCGACAGAUCUUAUUCGCUUGAUCUCAUUCGCGAGUAUGUCAAGAUGUUGGACUUAGAGGAAGCAAUUUCAAAAAUGAGUGUUAUUCAUGUUGCUGGCACCAAAGGAAAGGGAUCCACAUGCACAUUCACAGAAUCUAUAUUGCGACAUUGUGGCUUCCGGACUGGGCUUUUCACCUCUCCUCACCUCAUCGAUGUCCGAGAAAGAUUUCGUUUGGAUGGUGUUGACAUAUGUGAAGAGAAAUUUUUGGCAUAUUUUUGGUGGUGUUAUGAUAGACUAAAGGAAAAAGCUACCGAGGAGGCACCAAUGCCUACUUUAUUUCGUUUCCUUGCCCUACUUGCCUUCAAGAUAUUUGCAGAAGAGCAGGUAGAUGUCGCUAUAUUAGAGGUUGGAAUAGGUGGAAAACUCGAUGCAACAAAUGUGGUACGGACACCUGUAGUAUGCGGUGUAACUGCCCUUGGGUAUGACCACAUGGAGAUUUUAGGGAAUACACUGGGACAAAUUGCUGGGGAGAAGGCUGGUAUUUUUAAGCAUGGUGUUCCUGCCUUUACUGUGUCCCAACCUGAAGAAGCAAUGCGUGUACUUGAAGAGACGGCCGCCAAGCUGGAUGUAUCCCUUCAAGUAGCUCAACCAUUGGAUGCAAGCUUGCUGAAUGGCUUAAAACUUGCACUUGAAGGCGAGCAUCAAUAUUUUAAUGCUGGUCUUGCCAUUGCACUAUCGUCUACUUGGCUUCAGAGGACUGGUCAUCUUGAGUUCGGCAACCUGGAACAGACGAGUCCGCUGCCUGAACAGUUUAUCAAAGGGCUUACAAUGGCUAGUUUGCAAGGACGGGCACAGAUUGUCCCUGAUCGAUUUAUGAACAUUGAAACCACUGGAGAGCUGGUAUUCUAUUUGGAUGGAGCUCAUAGUCCUGAAAGCAUGGAAGUAUGUGGAAAAUGGUUUUCUCUGGCAAUUAAGGAGGACAAUCAACAACCAGCCUUGGACUUUCAACCAUCUUCACAUGAAUUAGCUCAGAAUCACCAGGUCCAUUAUGGAAGAUCCAGGAAAAACUCUGCACAGAUUUUGUUGUUCAAUUGUAUGUCAGUGCGAGAUCCUCAGCUGCUUUUUCCGCGCCUGAUGAAAACGUGUGCUAGUCAUGGUGUCUAUUUUAAGAAGGCACUCUUUGUACCAAAUAUAUCAGUUUAUCACAAGGUCGGAUCCCAUGCCUUACCACCGACUGAGUCUCAAGUUGAUUUGUCGUGGCAGUUUACUCUUCAAAGAGUAUGGGAAAACCUCUUGCAGGGUGAUAAAGGAGGGGAGGCCAAGAAUGCCGAUAAUGUUGCUGAAGACAUUAGUGAGGAUACGGAAAUGAUUGCCAGGAAUUGUGAAAACAGUGCAGUCUUUUCUUCUCUCCCAUUGGCUAUUAAGUGGCUCAGAGACAGUGUUCAAAAGAAUCAGUCCGUUCGUUUACAGGUCCUUGUAACUGGCUCCUUACAUCUCGUGGGUGAUGUGCUGAAAUUAGUCAAGAAGUAAGGUCACGGUCAAAGUUCAUUAAUUUGACGUGCUUUGGAUACCUGUAACAUGCUGUAACUGAAAAGGCAGAAUGGCCAAAAAAAAUAAAUAAAGAAACUUCACUUAUCUUAGAAUGCUGCAUCGGUGAAGAUAUUGGCGAAUUCAUGUCAGCAUCAUUGAGCAUCUGACAUACAUAUUUUCUGUUCUGUUAAGCAAAAAAUUUUCAUUGUUGUUGAAAUCAGUGCAAAAAUGAAUAGUACCACAAAUUAUGUAUUUGGUACUACAAAUUAGCAAUCCAAGAAAACUGUAAUUUAUUUUUAUUACAUUUUUGCUACAUAGAAACUUAGCCAAUGGGAAUUUUAACAUAACAUUGCUACGACUACUUGCCUAGGUAUA